AUGGGUUUUCAAAAGUGUCCAUACGAGCAUACACUUGUUGUGAAAAUUGGGGAGAAUGGGAAAAUGCUCAUUGCGUGCUUAUAUGUUGAUGAUCUUAUAUUCACGGGGAAUAGUAGCAUCAUUUUUUAUGUAUUCAAGAAGUGUAUGAUGAAUGAAUUCGAGAUGUCCGAUCUUGGUAAGAUGCAUUAUUUUCUUGGUUUAGAAGUUGUGCAAUCUGAUGAAGGGAUAUUUGUAUCUCAAAAGAAGUAUGUACGAGAAAUUUUAAAUAGGUUUGAGAUGCAGAAUUGCAAUCCAGCCAACAUUCCAGUUGAGUUUGGUUUGAAACUUAACAAAGUUGGGAGCGGAAAGAAGGUGGAUAGCACGUUUUACAAGCAAAUUAUCGGUAGUUUAAUGUAUCUGACUGCUACAGGACCAGACAUCAUGUAUGUUGUUAGUCCUGUAAGUAGAUAUAUGGAGUGCCCGACUGAAAUGCAUCUACUAGCUGCGAAGAGAAUUCUGCGUUACCUACAAGGAACCAAGGAUUUUGGAAUUUUCUUCCUGAAAGGAGAAAAGACAGAUUUGGUUGGCUUCACUGAUAGUGAUUAUGCAGGAGAUCAAGAUGAUAGAAAGAGUACUUCGGGUUAUCUUGUGCUUGUCAAGCUAUUUGGCUUAGAAGAAUCAUGGAAGAGCUGUAGUUCAAGACGAGAAGAGCCACUAUAA